AUGAAGGGGCAUGUGAGAUUUGGUAAAAAGGGAAAAUUGACUCCUCGUUACAUUGGGCUGUUUCAGAUCCUUGAGAGGUUAGGUCCUGUUGCUUAUCGUAUUGCCUUGUCGCCGGGAAUGGAACAAAUGCAUAACGUUUUCCAUGUAUCCAUGCUUUGUGGUUAUCUGAGAGAUUCAUUCCAUGUGAUUGAUUACCACUGGAUUCCUCUGGAUGAGGAUAUGAUGUAUGAGGAAUGGCCCGCGCAAAUCAUUGAUCGGCAAAUGAAACAAUUGAGAAACAAAACUAUCCCUAUGGUGAAGGUCGAGUGGAGAGAACAUUAUGGGAAGCAAGCCACUUGGAAGAAAGAGGAAGAGAUGCGGCAACAGUAUUCGUAUUUGUUUCCGUCUGAAGGUAACUUAAGUUUGGAGGUCCAAACUUUCUAA